GCUGAAGCCAUUCAACAGACUGCAAGUAAUAUUACAACAUUUGAAAAUGUCUAAGCAUACAGAUUCGACAGGUGAAGUGUUGUUGGAAAAGAGAGGAGGUGCAGGAAUAAUAACUUUGAAUAGACCCAAGGCUCUCAAUGCACUAAAUCUUUCUAUGAUCCAACAAAUUUAUCCACAAAUAAAGACUUGGGAGCAAGAUCCUGAAACUUUCCUAAUAAUUAUAAAGGGAACUGGAGGAAAAGCUUUUUGUGCUGGGGGUGACAUCAGAGCCAUCACAGAUGCAGGAAAAGUUGGAGGUAGACUGGCACAAGAUUUCUUCAGAGAAGAAUAUAUCCUGAACAAUGCCAUUGGCACUUGCAAGAAGCCAUAUGUGGCACUUAUCGAUGGCAUUACAAUGGGAGGGGGAGUUGGCCUCUCAGUCCAUGGACAUUUCCGAGUUGCUACAGAAAAGACACUUUUCGCGAUGCCAGAAACAGCAAUAGGCCUUUUUCCUGACGUAGGUGGAGGAUAUUUCUUGCCAAGACUAUCAGGAAAGAUUGGCUAUUACCUUGCACUAACAGGAUUUAGGCUGAAAGGAAGAGAUGUACUAAAAGCUGGCAUCGCUACCCAUUUUGUAGAAUCUGAAAAGCUACCUGCCUUAGAGAAAGACCUGAUAGCACUGAAAUCUCCUUCAACAGAAAAUAUUGCAGACUUACUGAACUCUUACCAUGUGAAGAGCAAAAUUGAUCAAGAAAAAGAGUUUGUACUUGAUGAACAUAUGGAGAAGAUUAACAGUCUUUUUUCAGCAAAUAGUAUGGAAGAAAUUGUUAAAAAAUUAAAGCAAGAUGGUUCUCCUUUUGCCAUUAAGCAGCUAGAGACUAUUAAUAAGAUGUCACCUACAUCCUUAAAGAUGACUCUCAGACAGCUUAGAGAAGGAGCUUCCAUGAGCUUACAAGAUGUACUCACAAUGGAAUACAGACUAAGCCAAGCAUGCAUGAGAGGCCAUGACUUCUAUGAAGGGGUUCGGGCAGUGCUGAUUGACAAAGACCAGUCCCCCAGAUGGAAGCCAGCUGCUCUAGAAGAAGUCAGUGAUGAAUUUGUGGACGAUUGUUUUAAGCCAUUGGGAAACAAUGAUCUCAAGUUGUAA